AGAAGAAGAAAGGAAUGAAAGAAAGAGGAGGAGUUCUAGGCGCAAUCGGAGGGAGCAAAGGUGACGGAUCCCUUAAGUAAAUCAAAUUGCCAAAGGUAAGUUUGCUGAAUAAUAUUCCCUAAGAUAUUGAUUGACGGAAAGGGCACAGAAGCUAUGGCAAUACAGCUACAUUGGUAUGCCACCGAAACGAUGUAGCUCCUAUCCGGCGGUUCGAACACCGCCCCGCCUUCGAAAUGGAAUCCAAGCUUCGGCAACAUACCAAAAUUCCACUCAGUGUCAUUGAAGCAAAGUACGAAGUUCCUCUGCUUUUCCAUUCGUCCGAAUUUCGCGAUCUUGGGAGCCAUCGCUUCAAUCACCGCAUCGUGAGCAGGCUCCGUCAGCAUCGUCAGGCUGGUGCCGGUGUCCAAGAUGGUGCCGCACCCGGACUUGAUGUUCCAGACGUGACGGGGGAUGUUAAGGAUCUGGUCGUCGACGGAGAUUCCGAUCAGUUGGACACCGUAGUAGCAGUUGUAUUGGCCGCCGGUGAAGAGUUUAGUGGUGGCGGGGGGGCCGAUGGGAGAGGACGUGGUGGCGGAGAAGGUCUUGGGGGAGGGGGUGCCGAAGACGAAGUAGCUAAUGGCGGUUGUGUUGCGGUGGUGAUCGGCGAGGCAGUAGGAGAAGCCGCCGCCGACGUUGUUUUCGGCGGCUUUGUAGACGAAGGAGUAGAUGCUAGAGCCUAAGCCAAUGAGGCCAUCGGCUCCCUUCAUGAAGUUUGUAUAGGAACAGGGGGUGUUAGGGGUUGGACAAUCGGGUUGGCCGCCGAGAUCAGGGAAAUCAUCGAUGCACUGCUUGGAGGAACAAGGAAUUGGGGAGAAAGAAGACGACUGAUUCGCAUAAAGCGCGUAUCUGAAUCUCCCUCUCAUUUUGUUACGCAUCUUAUGCAUCGGAGAGAGGUUGCUGCAAUCUCCCCUGCACCGCCGGAAUCUGCAUUUCGUCCACAAUAGGUCACUCCCGGUAUCUGCAAUCAGUGUGAACGUCUGCGGCGGCGUUCCCACUUUCAAUUGCACGAAAAAUUCACCGCUACCAAAAUCAGCGCCGGGGUAUGUUUUCAAUCCUAUUGGCAUCUGCGACUGGGGAGGAAGAUUCGAACCCGAGACCUCCUUCUCCUUCUCCUCCGCAUUCUCCACAACUUUGGUCCAAUUCAGCUUGGCGGAGAUGGAUCGGAGGCGGUUUUGAUCGUGAUGGCGAAUAUCCUUGAUGCGAUCCUCGGCACUAUCCACCUUAAUUUCGUCAUCAAGCCUUUUAACCACGUCCGGAUGGUGGCGGUGUAUCAGAUCCAGCCUCACGAAUUCUUGUUCUUCAUUAUUGGCAUCGCUUUCUUGUUUCAGAUUAUUGGCAUUGCUUUGAUCGGCGACUGCGACGGUGAGAGGAGAGAAGAAGAAGAAGACGA